GUGAAUUGUGAAGCAUCUAAGCUCUAUAAAGCGUUGCACCGACCGACCGAUAUCUUUUCCGUCGUCGCACAAUUGUAACAAUUUCUUCCGGAAAGCCUUGCACCGAUCGACGGGAUCUUAUCAGCCCCGAAUUGCAUUAGUUAAAGUGGAUCUACGUUCCUGUGGAUCGAUCUGUUCUUCCCCGUAAGCAUCUGGAUGGUCUACCAUCUACUCCUUCCGGAAUAGUCCCUCGGUCCCCCACUCACCCGAUUUUUCUUAAUACAUGAUCGCAGUCGAAUUCACAGUUCCCUUUCUCCGGUGAUUGAUUGAUAUACCCUUUUAAAGAUGUUAGAUAAUCUAUGUGAAGAGUUGAUGGUUGAAAUCUUGACAAGACUACCUCCCAAAUCCCUUCUCCGAUUUAGAUCGGUCUCCAAAUCAAUACGUGCUUGUAUUGAUAGCCCCGGUUUCAUCCGCAAGCACACUUGUCGAUCCCCACAAAGACUCGUCUUGAUACAUGUACUUUAUAAUAAAUACCUACAAGAAAAUGGCGAUGCCCUCUUUUGUACGUUACACGCACAAGACCAAUUGCCAUUGCCAUUGUGUGGAGGAUACAUUGGUAUAACACCACUCCAGUAUCCACGCAGAAAGGCCAGUCUUAUUGGUUUCUGUAAUGGAAUUUUUCUUCUGUUUGGUUAUGAAAAUGGUGUAAUUAGUCUAUGGAACCCUUCAAUUAAGCGCCUACUAACGCUGCCUGCUUGUCCCCGGAGACUCAUUUAUGGGCUAGGGUAUGGGCUUGGUUUCGACCCAAUGACUGAUGAUAACAAGGUUGUGAGUAUUCCUGCAAAUGGAAAUACAAGAAUUUUAGAAAGUUCAUUUGUUUACGCCACCAAGACAGGCGCUUGGCAUCCGAUUGAUUCCCGUAUGCCUUUGUAUUCUAGAGUGUUAUCAAGGGCGUGUUAUCUCAAUGGGGUAUUGCAUUGGGUGGUAGGAUGUUGUUUUCCUGAUUCAGAAGACAUACAAUUUCAUUAUAUAAUGACAUUUGAUUUGAGCACUCAUGUUUUUGGCAUCAUUGAUUUGCCAAAACCUAGUUGGUUAACCCAACAGCUACAAAUCAUUCAAGGUUCUCUAGCUGUGCUUUCUGGAAACGAUUCUGAUGUUGAUACUUGGAUUUGGGUGAGGAAUAGGAGAGAUGCAUAUGCGGAUUCUUCUUGGUCUCUAGUUCUGAAAUCGGAAACAAUUAAAGCUGAAAAAGGGGUAAGGAAAGCUUUGGAACUGACCAACAAUGGUGAUUUGUUGCUUGACGCUUUCUGGGAAGGGUUCAGAGUUUACAGUCCUAAGACAGGGGCACUAUUAACACUAAUGGAGUUCAAUCAUACUUCUGCCUUAUUGGACAUGGAUACGUAUGUCGAAACCCUUGAGUUGCUUCACAUGGGGACUGCUUGCCAGGAGCCAAACCCUCUUUUCUUGCAGGCUACUUCUUCACUCAAAUGAAAAUAUCUAAUAAAUUAUUAACAGACACAUUAUUGCAUCAUUUGUCAUAGUUACUUUUGGAAUGAUCCUUAUUAGCGAACACAUUAUUGCGUCUUAUAUAUUACUGUCUUGGGGGU